GCCUUUUCUUUCCUGCCACCCAUCCUCCCAUCUCUCACUCCCAUUUCAUCCAUCCAGGGUGACGCCACGCCACUCACCCCGCCCCGUUCAACUCGGUCCACCCCGCGUUCAUUUCAUUCCUGCUCCCAUUCCGCGCAUAUUUGGCAUCCUUGGAGAGAGCCGAGUAUUUUGACUCACUCAGCGUGCCGCGUCCUCCAUCAAAGCGACGCCGGCUGGACACUCGCAAGGCACCGGAAGACUCGCUCAUGUCGCGGGGGGCUCCAAAGUGUGGGAAUUAAGCGGGAAAGAAGCGAAUGAAUCGAAGGCUUCCUGGGAACUGCUCUCGGAUUCCUGUCCCAACUUUUUACUUUUCUACGAUUGACCAUUUUUAGGCGGAAUAUUUCUGGCCUACCAGAAAACCCACUAGUUUUCUGUGCUGUUUUGUGUGCUGCCGAUUAGUCGACUUUAGCUGCCAAUAUGGAGCGCAGCAGCUGGAGCGGCAGCGAGAGUGCCGGGGAAGAUAUGGACAGAUUGAGUGACUCUGGAGGAGACAAAACUAUAGAUGGGGACCCCGAGGGGGUGUGGAGCCCUGACAUUGAGCAGAGCUUCCAAGAAGCCCUUGCUAUCUACCCACCCUGUGGAAGAAGGAAGAUUAUACUGUCGGACGAAGGAAAGAUGUAUGGUCGAAACGAGUUGAUAGCCAGAUACAUCAAACUCCGCACAGGAAAAACACGGACAAGAAAACAGGUAUCAAGUCAUAUCCAGGUCUUAGCCAGAAGAAAAUCAAGGGAGUUUCAAUCCAAAAUAAAGGAUCACAAUGCCAAGGAGAAAGCUCUGCAGAGCAUUUCGUCCAUGUCCUCUUCUCAGAUUGUCUCAGCCACCGCAAUACACAGCAAACUGCUACCUGGAAUAGUGCGGGCCAACUUUCCUAACACACAGCUGUGGCAAGGGAUGAUCCCUGGAGGACAAUCCAGUUCCGCCUCAGAAGACAUCAAGCCAUUCUCACAGCAAGCCUACUCAGUGCAGACAGCAGGGACCACCACAAUCACAGGUUAUGAUCGUCCUCCAGCCGCCCAGUCACACAGAGAGCCAGCAUGGCACGGCCGCUCUAUCGGCACCACUAAACUACGACUGGUGGAGUUCUCAUCUUUCCUGGAAACACAAAGGGACCAAGAAGCAUACAACAAGCACCUGUUUGUGCACAUCAGUCAGAGCAGCACGACCUACAGCGACCCCCUGCUGGAGUGUGUGGACAUCAGACAGAUCUACGACAAGUUCCCAGAGAAGAAGGGUGGCCUCAAAGAGCUGUUUGGAAAGGGCCCCCAAAACGCUUUCUAUCUCAUCAAGUUUUGGGCGGACUUGAAUUACAACGUACAAGAAGACCCGGCUGCCUUCUACGGCGUCACCAGCCAGUAUGAGAGCUCGGAGAACAUGACCAUCACCUGCUCCACCAAGGUGUGCUCCUUUGGCAAGCAGGUCGUCGAGAAAGUGGAGACGGAGUAUGCCAGGUUUGAAAAUGGACGUUUUGUCUACAGAAUCAGUCGCUCUCCAAUGUGUGAAUACAUGAUCAACUUCAUCCACAAGCUUAAACACCUGCCAGAGAAAUACAUGAUGAACAGCGUCCUAGAGAACUUCACUAUUCUGCUGGUGGUGAGCAACAGAGACACUCAGGAGACGUUGCUUUGCAUGGCCUGUGUGUUUGAGGUGUCAAACAACGAGCAUGGAGCACAGCACCACAUCUAUCGUCUUAUCAAGGAAUAACACACUCGCACACAUAUGGCCUUUUUUUUUUAGACAUGUCUGAAAAUACAUUCUGUAAAAGUGUCUUUCAACCAACAACACUAGUAAGAAAAAAUGAUGCGCGGUCACAACUAUGACACUGAUUUUUUUAAUCCUUAGCAGAUUUAUCUUUAAACGUUUCCCCAACACAAUCAUUCCAAAAAGUGUAUAAACAGUGGUACCUUGGUUUUCCUUUCAAAAAGGACUGAAAACGAAAUCCAUUUCUCCCAUGAGAAAUAAUGUAAAUCCUAAUAAUCCGCUCAAAAAAAAAAAAUGAACAGAAAACUUAUUUUAUUGAGAAUAUUUGUAGUUUUACAUGCAGAAAACAAUGCAAAAUACACAAAGACUGCGAGGAGCACGGAGGGAGGGAGAACUUUGCUAUGAGUUAUUUAUUGAAUUCCAUAGUGUUUCUCAUCUUCUUUAUCAAAGUGCUGGCACUUGAAACUUUUCUUGCCCCCAUAGUGACUUAUUCUUCAGCUAUUCUCCAUAAAGACACAAUAAGACUGAGUCAGCAAUGCAUGGGAUUCUUUGUGUGGGCACUCAAUAAUGACUUACUAGUGUUUGGCAGUAUCGUACAAUAACAGACUGUAAACAGAAACCUGGGCGAGUUUUUUUAAAACCAAAUCUUUCCAAAAGUGGGUUGUACGAAAACCGAGGUACCACAUGGCUCAUGAGCUACUCCAAAAUCCAUCUGAUUACAUGAAAAUUGAGGCUUUCCGAACAUUUUCAUCAUCCAACAAAUUGCUUCUCCAUUCACUUCUACUUCACUGAUGAGAAAUACAAGUUAUUUGACUUGUGAAGUCAAAACAAAGUAAAAGUAAUUAAGGAAGUAUCAUUGUAGCAAUUUUUUUUUGCAAAGUCAUAUCUCAUUCUGUGUGUGUGUGUGUGUGUGUGUGUGUGUGUGUGUGUGUGUGUGUGUGUGUGUGUGUGUGUGUGUGUGUGUGUGUGUGUGUGUGUGUGUGUGUGUGUUCUGGCAAUGCUUACUUAAUGGGGACAUCGCUCUGUUUACACAGUCACCUUUAGGGGACCUCUGACGGUAUGGGGACAAAAAAACAGGUACCUUAAAGCAGUAGUCCCCAACAACCGGGCCGCGGCCCGGUACCGGUCCGUGGAUCGAUUGGUACCGGGCCGCACAAGAAUAAAAAAAAAUAAAAACUUUUUUUUUUUUUUUUUUUUUUUUAAUUAAAUCAACAUAAAAAACACAAGAUACACUUACAAUUAGUGCACCAACCCAAAAAACCUCCCUCCCCCAUUUACACUCAUUCACACAAAAGGGUUGUUUCUUUUGGUUAUUAAUAUUCUGGUUCCUACAUUAUAUAUCAAUAUAUAUCAAUACAGUCUGCAGGGAUCCGUAAGCACGCAUUAUUGUAUUUUUUUAAUGACAAAAUAAAAAAAUUCCGUUGACCGGUCUGCAGUUACAAAAAGGUUGGGGACCACUGCCCUAAAGGUAAACUUUUUUAAAUGAUAGUCAAUCCAUUCUGAAGAUGCCUAAGUGAUUUUUAAGCUUUGGCCUAUAAAACAUGUUUACUGGUUAGUUUGAGUGAGAGACAUUUGCACAUUUUUUUUUUUUUUAAAUGGUCCUCAGUAGUCACUACAAUUGUGUGUGAAUUAUGCAAAAUUAUUAAAAUUUGGUCCCCAUGAACCAUAUUAACUCUUUUCCCCCCAGGGUCCCCAGUAAGAAUGAUCAGCACAUUACUUCAUCAAUCCAGAGAUUUAAAGAUGUGUAUGAGCUAACUGGGCAGUGGCCAUUUUACCUAAUUUUUUUUAUGCCUCCACAACCUGUAGAAAGGGUCAUCCCCACAAGUGAUGAUCAAAAACUUGGUCCCCAUUCCAAAUUAUAACCUGUGUGUGUGUGUGUGUGUGUGUGUGUGUGUGUGUGUGUGUGUGUGUGUGUGUGUGUGUGUGUGUGUGUGUGUGUGUGUGUGUGUGUGUAAUCAGAUCUGCGUGUCUGUUUUAAGAUUCAUGUGUGUUCGUGUUGCAAUUUGUGUGUGUGUGUAAAAACGUAAUCUGUCUGUGUCUUUGUUUGGAUAACAGAAUUGUGUGUGUGUUUGUAGAAAUUUUUUUGUCUAAACUAGAGAUGUCCGAUAAUAUAGGCCUGCCGAUAUUAUCGGCCGAUAAAUGCGUUUAAAUGUAAUAUCGGAAAUUAUCGAUAUCGGUUUUGUUUUUAUCGGUAUUGUUUUUUUCAGUUUUUUUAUUUUUUUAUUAAAUCAACAUAAAAAACACAAUAUACACUUACAAUUAGUGCACCAACCCAAAAAAACCUCCCACACUCAUUCACACUCAUUCACACAAAAGGGUUGUUUCUUUCAUUUAUUAAUAUUCUGGUUCCUACAUUAUAUAUCAAUAUAUAUCAAUACAGUCUGCAAGGGAUACAGUCCGUAAGCACACAUGAUUGUGUGUGCUGCUGGUCCACUAAUAGUACUAACCUUUAACAGUUAAUUUUACUCAUUUUCAUUCAUUACUAGUUUCUAUGUAACUGUUUUUAUAUUGUUUUACUUUCUUUUUUAUUCAAGAAAAUGUUUUUAAUUUAUUUAUUUUAUUUUAUUUUAUGAUUAUUUUUUUAAAGUACCUUAUCUUCACCAUACCUGGUUGUCCAAAUUAGGCAUAAUAAUGUGUUAAUUCCACGACUGUAUAUAUCGGUUGAUAUCGGUAUCGGUAAUUAAAGAGUUGGACAAUAUCGGAAUAUCGGAUAUAGGCAAAAAGCCAUUAUCGGACAUCCCUAGUUUAAACUAAGACACACAAUCGCAACACAAACAGAUUUUUUUACACACACAAAUCGCAACACGGACAGACAUUUUUUUUGCCCCCACACAAACACACACACACACACCAAUUUAAACACAAACACUCAAAUCACAACACUGACAGAAACACAAGUACGCGCACACAAGUAUAAACAAAGACACAAAAAAAAGCAACACGGAAAGACAUAUUUUCUGUACACACAAACACAGAAAUCUUAAUAAAGACACACAAAUUGCUACAUGAACACACAGAUUAUUUUUGCACACACACACACAAAUUAGAACACAUACAUCUAUAUCUGAUCACACACAGAUUGAGAUAAGCAUUUGCAAAUGAUUUUUGUUAUUUACAAUAAUAAUUCCAUCAAUAAUGUUGCCCCCAAAGAUGGACACUAAAGGUCAGACCCUGUGUAUCAUCAAUAACACUGGAUGAAAUAAUACCACUAUGUUGUCAUAUAAUAACACAACACGUGGUUUUCUAAACGUAGCAAUGCUAAAUUGUGUGAGUGGCAGUCUUGCGCACAAAAAAAGGUUUGUCCCAAAGAAAAUCUUUUUUUUAUUUAUUUAUUUUAAAACAUUUGUGUGUGUUUCUUCAACAAAAGAAAAAAAGAUUAGUCUCUACAUUUUGGAAAUUUGAUAUAAAUAGCAUAUUUCCUCUAUUUUAAUUCCAGCAACACAAUCUAAAGUGUAUGUUGAUAAGAAGUUAUACGACAAAUUUAAACAAUUCAGGUACAUUUAUGUGCAACAUUUUGAAGCAUUGAGAAUUGAAGUAAACUAGAAGAGUCACUGCAGGGGAGAAUGUUAGCUAAGGAAGUCCACUUCCACUUGCCUGCUUGAGCUUGAACAUCACAGUUUUCUUUCCUACUUGUUGACCGGAGCACAUUCAAAUGAUUCAAGUGUUCUCUCCUCUCAUUAUCAAUGAAGUAAAACCAAAAAAAGCGUGUGCACUGUAGCAGGUGAUGUUUGCCGGUGUGUCCAUGUCAUGCCUUUAGCAGCAUGAAGUGCCUUUUGUCUGGAAACAACAAGUGUCUUCUUGGUCAGUGUCUUUGCUCAGUGAUAUUUUCCUUUCAUGAGUGGGAAUUGAAAAACAUAAAACUUUUUGGUUUAUUUGAAUUGAAUUUCACACCUAUGAUGAUUUUAAUCUACAUGUCAAACUCUUCCAUGUGUUCUAGAUCAUAUGUAUUGGAUAUGCUGCGGCGUACAUUUUGCUAAACAGUCCUUUUUUUUAUAAGUCUAUGAGUCUGUCUGCAAGAUGAUCGAUUCUGGAGGCGUUCCCAGAUUGUACAAAACCCCAAACCAGUGAAGUUGGCACGUUGUGUAAAUGGUCAAUAAAAACAGAAUACAAUGAUUUGCGAAUCCUUUUCAACUUAUAUUCAAUUGAAUGGACUGCAAAGACAAGAUAUUUAAUGUUCCAACUGAGAAACUUAAUUUUGUUUUGCAAAUAAUAACUUACAAUUUAAUGGCAGCAACAAAUGGCAAAAAAGUUGGCACAGGGGCGUUUUUACCACUGUGUUACAUGGCCCUUCCUUUUAACAAUACUCCGUAAACAUUUGGGAACUGAAAAGACCAAUUUUUGAAGCUUUUCAAGUUAAAUUUUUUCCCAUUCUUGCUUGAUGAACAGCUUAAGUUCUUCAACAGUCUGGGGGUCUCCGUUGUGGUAUUUUAGGCUUCAUAAUGCGCCACACAUUUUCAAUGGGAGACAGGUCUGGACUACAGGCAGUACCCACACUAUUUUACUAUGAAGCCACACUGUUGUAACAUGUCGCUUGGCAUUGUCUUGCUGAAAUAAGCAGGGGCGUCCAUGAUAACGUCGCUUGGAUGGCAACAUAUGUUGCUCCAAAACCUGUAUGUACCUUUCAGCAUUAAUGGCGCCUUCACAGAUGUGUAAGUUACCCAUGCCUUGGGCACUAAUACACCCCCAUACCAUCACAGAUGCUGGCUUUUCAACUUUGCGCCUAUAACAGUCUGGAUGGUUCUUUUCCUGUUUGGUCCGGAGGACACGACGUCCACAGUUUCCAAAAACAAUUUGAAAUGUGGACUCGUCAGACCACAGAACACUUUUCCACAUUGCAUCAGUCCAUUUUAGAUGAACUCGGGGCCCAGCGAAGCCGGCUGCGUUUCUGGGUGUUGUUGAUAAAUGACUUUCGCUUUGCAUAGUAGUUUUAACUUGCACUUACAGAUGGAGCGACCAACUGUAGUUACUGACAGUGUUUUUCUGAAGUGUUCCUGAGCCCAUGUGGUGAUAUCCUUUACACACCGAUGUCGCUUUUUGAUGCAGUACCGCUGGAGGGAUCCAAGGUCACAGGCAUUUCCGCUUCCGUGCAGUGAUUUCUCCAGAUUCUCUGAACAUUUUGAUGAUAUUACGGACCGUAGAUGGUGAAAUCCCUAAAUUCCUUGCAAUAGCUCGUUGUGAAAUGUUGUUCUUAAACUGUUCGACAAUUUGCUCACACAUUUGUUCACAAAGUGGUGACCCUCGCCCCAUCCUUGUUUGUGAAUGACUGAGCAUUUCAUGGAAUCUACUUUUAUACCCAAUCAUGGCGCCCACCUGUUCCCAGUUCACCUGUGGGAUUUUCUAAAUAAGUGUUUGAUGAGCAUUCCUCAACUUUCUCACUCUUUUUUGCCACUUGUGCCAGCUAUUUUGAAACAUGCUGCAGGCAUCAAA